CUCAUCGAGCUAGUCGACCCGCCGAAGCCGCUCGAUCCGCGCGCGCGUCCACCGCGACCUGAUCCACUCGCUUCCCCCCGGGAGAAUUCGCGUCCGCGACAUGAGCGAGGAGACGCGAGCGGUUGCUAGGUGUCACGUUCCUCAGUCUCGAUAACGGACGAGUACCGGCCGAGUCGGUUUCCCGGAUUCUUCGCCGCGACCUGCGCUCCUCCUGCUCCACCACCACCUCCUCCUCGUCGUCGUCCUCCGCGUCGUCGUCGUCGCACUUCAGGAAGGAAAAGCGAGAGACCGGCGGUGACCCGGACGCAAUGUCGUACCAUCGCGGCGGGCAAGCGGGCGCCGUAGCAGUUUCGUACAGCACCAGCCCAAUGGCGCCGCAUUCACCGAGCCGGAGAUACUCGAGCGGCACCACCGGCACCACCACCACCAGCGGUAUCGGCAGCUCCACGUCCAAGUUCAGCGCGUACCGGUCCACCGGCGGCACCAGCUCGAUUCUUGACCAGCCCACCAGCUUCUACACGCCGUCGUCCGCGGCGGGCUCGAGUUUGCGCUCGAAUUACAUCUCCUCGGAGUACAGACGAUCCUAUUGCGCGUCAGGAAGCUUCUACUCGUCGACCGCUACCCUCACGAGCAACCGCAGGAACUAUUUGUCGGAGUACAGUCGGUCCAACCGCUCACCCGCAAGGUCAGUCUCGUCGUCGUCGUACGGCGAAACGGGCGGCUCGUCGUUGACGUCGGCGGCGAGCGUCGUGGCUAACGGCACCGGCGGCGGCAGGUACAGCGGCUCCUCCACGUCGAGCACCUCGUCGUCGAGGGAGCGCAACGUCGAGACUGCGGCCGACAUCAUCAGCAGGUACUCCCCGGCCGGCUACGUGCCGAACAUCCGUCAAUCGGCCAGCACUGGCGGCGCCCACCAUUGGAAGCACCGCUCGACCUCGUCGUCCCUCAGCGAACUGUUCGGCGGCGACGAGCGCGAGCUGGUCGAGCGCAGGGACCGUCCGGAGUCCUCGCUCUCCUCGUCGUCCUCCACCUCGUCCGCCGCCACCGGCGGGGGUCUGUGGUCGAGAUCCGCCAAGAGGAGACCACCUGCGAGCAGCACGCUGCUCACCAGCGGGCAUGCACGCGCGGACAGCGCCGCGUCUCUCGCCGAGGUAACCAUCGACGAUCACGUUAGCCGUAAGCUAGACGACGAUCACGACGGCGACGUUACGAAGGACGUUAACGGCGACGACGAUCAGCAUAACAACAACGGCAACCUCGGCAACGACGGGAAGGGCGCCGCCGCCGAGGGUGGAUUCGGCGUUAACAACAACGACGACGAGCGCGACGACGACGACGAGGACGGUGACAAGGACGACGACGACGACGACGACGACAAUCGCAACAGCCGGCAACGCAACCGUCAACAACAACAACAACACCACCACCACCAUCACCACCUUCGCCAGCAACGCAACCGCCGACCCGACGAGGUCUCACCCGCUAAGCGUAACCUCUCUCCCACCGGUGGUGGUGGUUUGAUCGGCGAUAGGCUUGACCUGUUAACUAACCUCGCGACUAAUCCCCGUAACACCGAGCUGCUGAUCAAUAACAACGCUCAGGAGAAGAAGGCGACGCGAGGGGAGGAAGCGGCGAACAACGACGACGAGGUAAUACGCGCUCCCGAGGACGAGGACGGCGCUCGCUCGACGUCGAUCGACGCGAUCACCACGUUCCUGCAAGAUGGUCGCAGCACGGCGACCGGCGAACGAGACGAAGAUGGCGACGAGGAGAGGAGAGGCGCGUCUUACAGCAUGGCCGAGGGCGGCUUCAGCGCCGCGAUCACCGCGACAUUGCCGGUCCUGCAGAACGGUGUGAGCGGUAGGCCGUCGGUCACUCACUGUGACGAGCCCUCGUCGUCCAUCCCUUCGACCUCGAGGAGAACGGAGCAGCCUGGUCUCUUCCCAACGGCCGCGAACAGCUCCACGGGCAGCCUGACUUCGUCACCGACAACGAAUCCAACGCACCACAGUCUCUACCGCGGUGGCAACGAGCAAUACGAAGGUAGUCCGACCAAUAGAUCGGCGCGCAACCGUCUGCAAGCUUACCGCGACGAACGAUGCGGUCUGAACGGCUUACGGAAUAUUGGAAAUACAUGUUUCAUGAACAGCGUGAUCCAGUGUUUGAGCAACACGAGACCUCUGUUGGAGUACCUGCUAAACGAGCAAUACCUGUCCGACAUAAAUACCAGCACGUCCAGCAUGAAAGGCGCCCUCAUCAAAGCGUUCAGCCAAGUGAUCCACGAAUUGUGGGAGGUGGGCGGUGAUCACGUGGUGAACACGACCUCGCUCAAGUCUCAGAUACAGAGAUUCGCGCCGCGUUUCAUGGGCUACAGUCAGCAGGACGCUCAAGAGUUCCUUAGAUACUUGCUCGAGGGUCUGCAUGAGGACGUCAACAGAGUCACCACGAAGUUGGCACCAAUACACGGAGACAUACCCGACAGUUACUCGGAGACGCAGAAAGCGGUAGAGAGCUGGAAGCGAUAUCUUCGUAGCGAGGACAGUAUGAUAGUGGACGUCUUCGUGGGGCAGUUACGUUCAUCCUUGCACUGCACCUCCUGCGAUCACGUGUCGGUCACGCUCGAUCCGUUCUGGGAUCUGAGUCUGCCGAUACCAGCCAGGAGCGGCACUGUGAAGCUGAGUCAGUGCUUAGAGCAUUUCACGCGAGAGGAGGUAUUGGAUGGCGACGAAAAACCAACAUGUUCCAAGUGUCAGAUGAGGAGAAAGUGCACCAAGAGCUUCAGCAUACAGAAAUUCCCGAAAAUCCUGGUUAUUCAUUUAAAACGGUUCUCCCCGAUGGAGCGUUUCCGCGGCAAGCUGAACGUGAUGGUGGACUUUCCGUUGACGGGAUUGGAUCUCAGUGCCUUUGCUGCCCCGAAAGUUCCGGGCUGUACAUACAAUCUGUACGGAGUCGCGAAUCACUCGGGUACUACGUACUCCGGUCACUACACCGCGUACUGCAAGCACCCGUACUCGGGAGAAUGGCACGAGUAUAACGACAGCCGGGUGUCCGUAGUGUCGGCACGGUCGGUCGUUUCCAGUGAAGCCUACGUACUGUUCUACGAACAGCAGCCUCACAAUUCUCACUUGUAACCUUACGCCAUUGCCUAGAAGUAAAACAACCAUCUUGCCUCUCGAUACCUCAGCCCAGCCUAGUAAAGUCUGUCAUCUGGUAUUGAAAAGCGACUAAACACUGAAAGAAACGAGAGAGGAUCACUGAGUACGAUCCGUAUCAACGUCGGGUGUAAUCGGGUGCAUCGUGGCCUUGGCGAUAAUCGUGUCUCUUCCCGCAAUAUGUUUCUUGACAUAACGUCGCAUGUGUGUCACGUCCUUUUAUAAAAGAAGAGAUUUACGCGUUCCCAUUAUUCUGAUGUAUACAUAUCAGAAUUAUACACACGAUCCGGUAUAUAUACAUCAGAAUUAUACGGACAUGUGUCAGUGUGUGCGUAUAUGCAUAUAUAACAUAUAUAUGUGUACAUACAUGCAUACAUAUGUAUAUAUACAUACGCUUCGACAUGAAAAAAUUAUUUCCGCUGAUGGAGAGAAUCAAAUUUAAUCUAUAUAUACAAAAUUAUUUAUUCGUCCUUCUCUCUUAUUUUUAUCUUAUGUAAUGUUUUGCGGUAGGACUUACACUUCUGUUUGAAAUAGAACGAUAUAUCCGUC